UUAAUGUUUCACAAUUCGCCAACAAAUUAAUCUGACGAUGUGGACAAUUUAAAUUCUAAUUGUGACAAUCAAUAUUCUAAUCACCGAUCGUGUUGGAAAAAUUCAUCUAAUCAAUUCCAUUGAAUCUAUUACUUAAAGAUACAUUAAAUGAUCAAUUUUAAUUGAUAAGUUAUAAUUAUUGUUUCUCCACCAAGAUGAUUAGUGUUGAUGGAUCAGUCAAACCGAGAGGACGAUUUGCUGAUAGAGCGAAAGCUAAACUUAAAGCAAUUAAAUCAGUUUUCUCGUCUCGAUCAAGUCGCUUAUCUAAAAUUGGAAGUGGCCUAGAAGAUAUUUCCAACACUUAUUGUGACACUUUGAUAACAGUUUCGUUAUUAAUCUUGGCAAUUGUCAAUGCAGUAUUUUUGUAUCCCAUUUAUUAUGGUGGCUUUUUAGCCGUCAUUUACCCUGAUUGGAUGGCACCCUUGGCCCAGAACUACAACGAGACAGAGGACAUUGAACUGCAAUCGGCCAACUCUUUACAAGUUAUGGUAUCGCGACUCAAUUUGAUUUCAAAAAAAUUGGCUACGUUUUGUUACCGAUCAUCAACUGAAAUAUCAAGUUUAUGUCAAAAAUAAUUGAUUGAUUUUCUGUGUAUCCUUUAAUUGUUACAGUAGCAGAAAUACAAUUAAUCCUUAGAGGUUGAUUGGUGUGCCUUUGAUUACCCGUUUCCUUCAUAAUUGUUUUAUAAUCGAAAUUGUUUUUCCUUUAUUGAUUUUCCUCUAUUGGUUCUUGAGCCGUUGUGACACAUUUGAUGUGGGUACUUUUGCUUAUUGAAAUGCGACGGUAAAAGGGCGUCUCAUCUUUGGCUACUUGUGUCCAGUCGGGUUGAUGUUGUUUAGCAGCAAAUCCUGAUAUCCAUAAGGCAAUUCCCUGUAAUAUCCCUCAAGAUAAAAAUGGUUAUUGGUUAAUCUACACGUGAAUUUGAUUGUUAAUUGUUGAUCAAAUUUACCGUAGCAAGUCCAAGGCAGACCAAUGGCCAUCCAGCUUUACGAUAGCCCAUAUUUUCAACGAGAAAGCCAGCCAAUGCAGGACCCACUCCAUUUCUGAUGAAAAAAAAAACAAAUUGUAAAAGUUAAUUGUUGUUGACUUUUGAUUUUACUCAUUAAAUUGAACAAUUAGUAUAUUCAAA